UUAUGCGUUUUGCGUUGCUUCACUCAAGAGAGGGCGGUAGGCCACACAAAAGGAGCCAGGCGAUCAUUUCCUCAAACUUUCCACCAUGGAAUGCUCACAUUUAGAAGCUUCUGUUGAUGUGUCACCAGCUUUUGUAAGAAAACUUACUUCGGAAAACAAAACGUCUUGGACUUGCUCAGUUUGUAGAACAAACAGAAGUCCUUGGAUUUGUUUGAAGUGUGGUGUUGUUAAUUGUGGAAGGUACAUAAAUGCACAUGCCAAAACACACUCGGAAGGCAGUGAUGGACACUUUGUAUGCAUGGAUGCUUCCUUGAUGGUGUUUUGCUAUAAAUGUGAUGAGUUUGUAAUUAAUGACACAAAGACCGGUGAUGUACAAUUGGUAAGAGAUACACUCGAGGAGGCUGCAGCACAGUGUUCAAAAGGGAAGAAGAAAAGGAAGAUGUCAAUUGAUCCUGAAGAUCCGCCAAAGAAAAACAAAAAUGACGAAAAUGGCUACUUAAAUGGUCGAAUGCCUUCAAGAUAUACACCCGGCUUGCGGAAUCUUGGCAAUACCUGUUUUAUGAACGCAGUGCUGCAGUCUUUGAGCAAUCUGAAGCACUUUAGUUGCUACUUCAAGGAGAUUCCAGCCAUCGAGCUGAGUGAAAAGCAAGAUGAAAUGGUUGCUAAGAAAUACUACACGAGAAGCUAUAAACCUGAGGACGUAUCUUUAGUUGAAGAACUUCGAAAGAUCUUAUGUGCUCUUUGGCAAGGCUCGUCAGCAACAAUUUCUCCGGACGAACUGUUUGCAGUUGUUUGGAAAGUAGUUCCCCGUUUUCGAGGUUAUCAACAGCACGAUGCACAUGAAUUCAUGCAUUAUUUGCUGGACCGUGUCCAUACAGAGCUUCUACAAAGUAACAAAUUCAGUAACGGCAAAGACACGAUCGUUACGAGCAUUUUUGGUGGCAAUCUGCAAAGCGAGGUCACGUGUCUGCAGUGCAAACAUUUGUCCAGGAAACAAGAAGUAUACCUAGACAUGUCGUUGGAUAUCCCAUAUCGCUAUCACACGCACAGUCACGGACACAGCCACAAAUCCAAGCAUUCGAAACCAUGCUACCUCACAGAUUGUUUACAACGAUUUGUCGACGUGGAAGAAUUGGGAGACACCGAACGGUACAUGUGUCCGAAAUGCAAUAAACGGCAGCCCUCAACCAAGAAAUUCUGGUUGACAAGUCUAUCCAAUGUCCUCUGUUUGCAUCUAAAGCGCUUUAGAUAUUCUCAGUUCGGACGAAGUAAAGUCGACACUUAUGUGAAAUUCCCCUUGCAAGACCUUAAUAUGAACCCAUAUGCGUUACGGCAAUCGCAGCGACAAAAAGAAAAUCGACCAUCUGCCAAGAGCAACAUCUAUGACUUGGCCGCAGUUGUGGUCCACCACGGAGGCGGCUUAACGUCGGGUCAUUACACAGCUUACGCUUGGCACGAAGGCUCAUGGUAUCAUUUUAACGACAGCUGUGUUAGUUUGGUAAGCGAAGAAGCCGUAGCACGAUGCAAGGCCUACAUACUUUUUUAUACUCGAAGGCAUCCGGAAACGGCAGUAGUUGAAAAAAUAAAAGGCAAAUUAACAUCUUGAAUGAUGCCGAAACCAAGCGAUCUUAAAUUUGUAUUUGGCUCGCACAAAAGACUUCUGACAUUAGUUUUUCUCGGAAUGUGAUUCAUCCUGUCUUUUGAUAGCAUGGUUUUAUACUAACUGCGUCUGACCUCCUCUCUUGUUUGUUUGCGACCAAUUUAGAUUAGUUUAGUAAUGUGAUCAAAUUUACAACUUGAUAUGAAAA